CGGCUGCGCAGGAGUGACGGGGCGCGGGCGAGUGGGAGGGGGGUGUUUUGGUUCUCGUCGCUCGCCGUCCUUUCCAGACCCGGCGGUAGGAAAGCUGCUUGUUCCUGCUUUUCCUUCCCCUUCCCUUCCCUUCCCCUUUCCCAACCCGGAUUUUCCCUUCUUCCAUUCACGCGCCUCAUUUUGAUCGACUGCUGCCCGGGAUCCGAGCCAUUUUCCGGGCCGGGCGCUCGAAAGCGCGCGGCCCCAGGGCCCGGUUCAUGACCCGCCGCCCUGCCGCCCCUUGCCUUCUCCGCCCCAUGUGGCUGCGGGGCCACGGCGGCGCUGCCCACUAUGGCCCGGAAAGCAGUUAGCAGGAAGCGGAAAGCGUCUGCCUCGCCAGGAGCCGGGAGCGACGCUCAGGGCCCGCAGUUUGGCUGGGAUCAUUCGCUGCACAAAAGGAAAAGGCUCCCCCCAGCGAAGAGAUCCCUAGUGUACUACCUGAAGAACCGCGAAGUCAGGCUCCAGAACGAGACCAGCUACUCUCGCCUGUUACAUGGUUAUGCAGCACAACAGCUUCCCAGUCUCCUCAAGGAGAGAGAAUUUCACCUCGGGACCCUUAAUAAAGUGUUUGCUUCUCAGUGGUUGAAUCAUAGGCAAGUGGUGUGUGGCACGAAAUGCAACACACUCUUUGUCGUGGAUGUCCAGACAGGCCAGAUCACCAAGAUUCCCAUUCUGAAAGACCGGGAACCUGCAGGGGUGACUCAGCAGGGCUGUGGUAUCCAUGCAAUUGAACUGAAUCCUUCUAGAACUCUCCUCGCCACUGGAGGAGACAACCCAAACAGUCUUGCCAUCUACCGCCUGCCUACCUUAGAUCCUGUGUGUGUGGGUGAUGAUGGACACAAGGAUUGGAUCUUUUCUAUUGCGUGGAUCAACGAUACUAUGGCAGUGUCUGGCUCACGGGAUGGGUCUAUGGGACUCUGGGAGGUGACAGAUGAUGUGUUGACCAAAAGUGAUGCAAGACAUAACGUGUCACCAGUCCCUGUGUAUGCUCACAUCACUCACAAGGCCUUAAAGGAUAUCCCCAAGGAGGAUACAAACCCGGACAACUGCAAGGUGCGGGCUUUAGCCUUCAACAACAAGAACAAGGAAUUGGGAGCAGUAUCGCUAGAUGGCUACUUUCAUCUCUGGAAGGCUGAAAAUACAUUGUCUAAGCUCCUUUCCACCAAAUUGCCAUAUUGUCGAGAAAACGUGUGUCUGGCCUAUGGUAGUGAGUGGUCAGUGUAUGCAGUGGGCUCUCAAGCGCAUGUCUCCUUCUUGGAUCCACGGCAGCCAUCGUACAACGUCAAGUCUGUCUGCUCCAGAGAACGAGGCAGUGGGAUUCGAUCAGUGAGCUUCUAUGAACACAUUAUCACUGUGGGCACAGGGCAGGGCUCCCUGCUGUUCUAUGACAUCCGAGCUCAGAGAUUUUUGGAAGAGAGGCUCUCAGCUUGUUAUGGGUCCAAGCCCAGACUCGCAGGGGAGAAUCUGAAACUAACUACUGGCAGGGGCUGGCUGAAUCAUGAUGAAACUUGGAGGAAUUACUUUUCGGACAUUGACUUCUUCCCCAAUGCUGUUUACACCCACUGCUACGACUCGUCCGGAACGAAACUCUUUGUGGCAGGGGGCCCCCUCCCUUCUGGGCUCCACGGAAACUAUGCUGGACUGUGGAGUUAAUGACAACUAACUUUCUCCCAAAAUGCAGAUUUACACUAACUUCCACCCUCAGUUUCCUUGCUUGGUCUUUUGAUUUCCCUAGCUGUGGAAGGCUCUCCUGUCUAUGCAAACAGAGUUUGCUCCUGGGUCAGGCAGUUACUAGGAAGAGGCUCUAUGCAGAAAUCCAAAAGCUGGGACGUUCUACGUCAGUUGGUGGUUUGUUGUUCUGGGUUUUUUGUUUGUUUUCACUUUGCAGUAAUUAGAAUUUUACUUUUCCCCCUUCUGCUUUUUAAAGCAAACACUGUUACAAAUCCCUUUUUAUUUUUCCCUCUCCUUCCUCUGGCUUCUUUACACUGAAAUGACAAAGUCAUUCUCACCCUUACUUCACGGAGGUAGGGCCCCUUUAUAAUCGUGUGGUGGCUGUCCGACUUUCUGUGAAAGUGUGGGAGCCUUUGCGUGUGUGUCUCUGUGUGUGUGUCUGUGUGGUGUGUGUGUGUCUGUGUGCGUUUGUGUGUGUGAACUUGUGUGCCUGCUGGUACUGCAUCACUGAUACUACUUGGAAUGAGGAUUAUCUGUAAUUAAAGUAUUUAUAAAAGAAACAACUUUACUCAGAGUCCAGCUUUGGGACCGACAUUGUAGGAAGAGAAACAGACACACCAGGAAAACCCUUGAGUUAGAGAAGCCGGAUGGGAGGGGAGGCUGCAUCCCAGGACUCCAAACUGUCCAGGCCUACCUGUCCUUCCACCCACGCAGGAAUGCCCACAUGUGUGUUACUUCCACUCCCGACCUCCUGUCUGCUCGCCCAGACUGGGGAAUGCAGGCGACUUCACAGCCUAGAUAAAGACAAUCCUCUCCCCCGUCUCCUGCCUCUGAUCUGACGGAGAGCAGGCAGUCUCAAGCCUGUGUGGUUACUGUUCAUGACUUGCAGGAGAAACCUUCCAUUCUUGGGGUUUUGCUGGUAUUUUCUAAUUUGUCUGUCCAGGAAGGUGUGGUUUGUAGCGAGUGCUUUGUGUGUGGGAUCUGUUCUCAGUGCAGCGGGGCUUAGUGUUGGAAGUCACCGUCCUGCUCUGUUGGCUCAUUCCUAGGGUAGUGACAGGUGGCUGUGCCAGCAUCACUGCAUGUGACAGUGUAGCUGUGACUGGUAAUUUGCUUGUUUCUCUCAAACUAUUUAGUGUGAAGGGUUUUUUGUUUUUGUUUUUAACUUGCAGGCAACCGACUGUCAAGCCAGUUGUUGUCUUCCGAACAUCAUGUGGAAAGGAAGCUCUCCCCACCCUAGUACCCUGAGACACACAGUGCUGCCUGAGAAAUGCAGUCAUACACCUGCACCCAGUUUCUCGGUUGCUCCCCAGUUCUUCCAUGCUCUCUUUGUGUCAAAUGAGUAUUCUCAUAAUGGCUGGGGCUGCUGGGGAGGGAAGCGGCAGGCCCACCAUAGGACACAGCAUAUGCCACAGGUUUUAGAAUAAUCAUCCUAUAAUCUAGAGAAAUAGGUGCUAUCAACAGGAAAUUAAGCAAAAUGCUGGAUGCUGUGAAUCUUUUGUCUUAAUUUUUUUCUAUUCUUAAACUACAGGCUGUAGAUGUCUUAGUUCUCACAGAACUUCUGUCUUUUUAAACUGACUUGUGUGUUUAAGAAAACAAAACUCUUGUAGGAUGUUUUGUGCCAUUGCCAGACCGUCUCCUGUGAUGCUUUUGAUUGUCUUGAGAUUUUCUGUUUUUAAAAAUGUAGCAUUUGACUUUUUUGCCAAGGAAAAAUAAAUACUAUCCCAGUG